AUCAGUGAUGUUGUCAAUUCCAUGGGUGGAGAAUGUGGGGCCGAUGACUGACCCGUGACCGCCAUUGUUGCAAGUUUCUCCACCUUCAACCCUCUCCCACUCCGUCAUUCUUUAUUCUUUCUCACUAUCCAACAGAUUUUCCUCAAUUUUCCCGGUCAAAGUAGUCCCUCAACUCCUUCUCUAAUAAAUUUUCAAAGAUUCCGUCGCAAUUCGAUUCCACCCUUUUGAAUGUUUCUUUCCAUUUCCUAUAUCUGUCUCCUCACCUCCGAUUCUCUGCGGGCUCUGCGUCUCUGGAGCGAACAAACUGGCUGUGAGAUUUUUGGGCCAGUUUCCAUGGGGGUUUGCUUAAGCGCCAGAAUCAAAGCUGUUAGCACCUGCAGUACAGGAGGAAACUCAAACGGUGUUAGCAGGGAAGCAAAUGAUCUCUCCAGUUCAAGCAGCAACAGCAAGUUCUCAUCAAUAUCAAUUCCUCGGAGUGAGGAUGAAAUUUUGCAGUCCUCGAAUCUAAAGAGCUUUAGUUUUUCGGAACUUAAACUUGCCACGAGGAAUUUCCGCCCUGAUAGCUUGUUGGGGGAAGGCGGGUUCGGCUCGGUUUUUAAAGGCUGGAUCGAUGAACAUUCAUUUUCAGCUGCCAAGCCAGGAUCUGGCAUGGUUGUGGCAGUGAAAAGGUUGAAUGUAGAUGGCCACCAAGGCCACAAGGAGUGGCUAGCUGAAGUCAAUUUUCUGGGACAACUCCGCCAUCCGCAUUUAGUGAAGCUGAUAGGCUAUUGUUUCGAAGAUGAACAUCGGUUGCUCGUGUAUGAGUUUCUUCCCCGAGGCAGUUUGGAGAAUCAUUUGUUUAAACGAGGGCUGUAUUUUCAACCUCUUUCUUGGAGCCUUCGUUUGAAAAUUGCGCUCGGUGCUGCGAAGGGACUGGCUUUCCUUCACAACGAUGAAAACAAAGUGAUCUACCGUGAUUUCAAGACAUCGAACAUACUCCUUGAUACGAACUAUAAUGCGAAGCUCUCAGAUUUCGGGCUGGCCAAGGAUGGUCCUACGGGCGACAAAAGUCAUGUCUCGACUCGAGUUAUGGGGACGUAUGGAUAUGCAGCCCCCGAGUAUCUAGCCACAGGUCAUCUUAGUGCAAAGAGUGAUCUGUAUAGUUUUGGCGUUGUUUUAUUGGAGAUGUUAUCUGGUCGAAGAGCAAUCGACAAAAACCGACCACCGGGAGAACAGAAUUUGGUCGAGUGGGCGAAACCGUUCCUUGCUAAUAAACGCAAGACCUAUCGGUUGCUUGACACUCGCAUCGAACGGAAUUACUCCAUGGAAUCAGCUUUUCGAGUAGCAAUUCUUGCAUCACGUUGCCUAUCUGCAGAACCAAAGUUCAGGCCGAGUAUGGACGAAAUUGUUACGACGUUGAACGAUCUCCAGGAUUCCAAAGGAACUGGAGCUACUGGGAAUAGAAGGUCCAGGAGCUGCAAGCAAAACACAGAGAAGGGCAAUGCACACAAGGAAAUCACUGCUUAUCCUAGACCAUCAGCAUCACCUCUCUUUACGUAAGUUCGGGUCUCCGAAAGCAUAUCGAAAACCCGUUGAGGUGAUCGGAAACGGAGGAUGGAAGAAUCCGAGGUUUUAUACAUCCUCGAGCGAUUGUAUAGUGUUCUUAUUUCCACUCAUGCAUAAUUACGUUGCUGCUGUGAUGGGUAUAGCUAUAUUGUGCUUCAGUUUUGUAAUUUGUUUCUUCAUCUUUUUGUUCAGAUUUGUGUCUGGUAAGAUCUGUGUUACUGAGUCUGUUUGUUAUGCUCUUAUCUUUAUCACGAGUUACAAUUUGCGUCGGGUUAGUAUCUCAUUUUACUCCCGACAAAGAAAGAUUGAGAAAUCGUCAAAGAUGAGUUCUUUGUUA